UGCAUGUAGCAGACGAUCGAGAAGACACGUCUAAAAUCUAAAUAAACAUCGGUAUCGCUGAUCAACUUCGCUAUGCUUGAAAAUCUUGAGUUCCGUGAGGUUGUGCGGCUAGCAGGAGUGGGGUUCUUCUACCUCCUCAUUCUAAUGCUCUGUCUGCUCUACUUCGGAGACAGCAUCCAGAAGUUGUUUUUUAGUUAUUUCCCGAGGUCCCAUCCCACUUUGGAUGAAUCCAAAGAAAAACUACCCCCUGAUGAGCUGUUAAAACAACAGAAAGCUGCAAGAGAGAAGAUACAGGAUGAGCAUACAUUAAAGGCAGAGAGCUUUACCGAGAGGAUAUUGAAACCAAAGGAAGAGGCUAAGAAAGCCGACUUGGAGAAGGAAUUCUACAGGAAUGCAGGACCAGCAUGGAAGGGAAAAGGAGAGCGCACAAGGCCAAGAGAUGACAAUGAUGAUUCUUCAUCCGGGAACCAAGAGACCAGACCGGCUCCUCGGAAGAGAGACCUAGAGGGAACUAACCGGGAUGCUGCUGCUGCUAGGAAACUCCCAGAGUCAGUGACAAACCCACCAAAGAGAGCUCCAGCUGAACCCCCAAAAGCUAAAGUAGUCAUAACACUGCCUGAUGAACCAGAAGAAGGAACACCAAAGAGCAUUACUGUUGCAUUGAGGGGCACCGCUAGCAUAGUGAAAAGAAGACGGUUUUUAUUCACAGAAAAAGUUCAGGUUUUACUAAACUGGAUGUCCAAGCUUGGUUACCAUCAGAAGCUCUACACGCUGGUCACGACCUACCCUCGGCAGGAUCUAUCCCAGCAUGCAGCAGACACGCUAGAGGAAGCAGGGAUCGAUCACGAUGUUGCUCUGGUUGUGGAGGAGAUUAUACCAAAGGAAGAGUCGUAGGAAUACUUUACAUCCUUUACAUUCCAUAAUAUCUUCUUGUGCCUUUUACUCUAU